AUGACAGUUGAAUUAGAUGGUCGACGAAAAGAUUUAUUAGAACUAAAUUUAAAAUCAUGGGAUGGUGAUUAUAUCUUUCCAGUUGCAAAUAAAUUAGAUUCUUCAUUAAAGAAAAAUACAACAUUUAUCAAAAAAAUUAAAACUGGUUUAAAUCAAGAUCAAUUUGAUAAUGUAUUAAAAGAUAUAAAAACUACUUCAAUUGAAAAAUAUUUAUCAGAAGUUAUUACUUCUUUAGUUGAAGGAUUAUGUAAAGUUUCUAAAAGUGAUGAAAUUUUAGCUUCAAUGGAAAUUGUAUCUGCAUUACAUCAGAGAUUUGGAAUACCUUUCACUAGUGAACUAUUCAAUGAAAUUUUAAUUUUGAUGAUGAACCCUCAUGAUGCGGAUGAAAUUGAUGAAAAAAAUGAACAAAAUAGAAUUACAAGACAAAAAAAUUUACUCAGAUUACUAGGAGAAUUCUAUAUCAUUGGUGUAUUAAGAACAUCAAGUGAUUUUUUGAAUGAAUUGGAUUCAAAAGUAAUCAAAAUUUACAACCUAGAUAAAAGAAGAAAUGAACCAAUUAUAACUUUAAUUUUGAAAUAUAUAUUAAAUUACGAUCUUGAACAAGGUCGAACUUUGGGAAUGGUUCAAUCUUUCUUGAAAAGAUUUGGUCAUAUAAUUUUUAACGAUUCUAAUGAAAUCAUAGCUUCAGAUGUGAAGCAUGUAUUAAAACAAAUAUUCAUCAUAUAUACUGAAGCAGUAAUGAAUGUUCUGGUCAACCUCAAAAAACAAAUUCAUAGACUUUCAAUUAGAAAUAGGAAAGCUUCUAUUAGAACAGGUCGUAUCUUGGAAGAUCAACAACAAGAGUUGGAGUCAACACAAUCAUUAUUUGAAUCUUUUAAAUCGGCAGGAGAAUUCUUAUCACCAAUUGUUAAUAUCCCAAUACCUGAAAAAUUGUCACAAUCGUUAAAUCAAGAUGAAGACGAUGAAAGUAAUACAGUUGAAUUAGUAAAACAAAAAGCAGCAAAUGAAGAAGAGAUGAAUGGUGUGUGGGAGGAUGCAAAAGAAAGAAACUUUUAUACAGUCAUACCACUGUUGGGGGAAUUAUUGGAUGCAUAUUCAGACAAUAAAGGAGAUACAUCUCAAGCUUUUAAAGACGGUGAAAAAAUUCAAGACUUUUUAGAUAAAUUGGAAGACGUAGUAUCUAAUGACUUAGAACAAUUAGUUGUUGAGUUUAACAAUUUGAAUUUAAAUAAUAAAGCAACAAAGAAUAGAAUCAUGAGAUUUUUCAUUGAAACAUCAACUUUAAAUAAUUUAAAAUACUAUUCAAGAUUUUUAAAAAUUAACGAAUUGCAUUUAAGUGAUUUGAUUGAAGAAUUAAUUAUAUAUUUGGAUAAAGGAUUCAGAUCACAAUUGCAUCACAACAAGCUAAAUGUUAAAAAUAUUUUAUUUUUUGUGGAAAUGAUUAAAUUUAAAAUGAUUCCAAUUCAUAUCAUAUUUCACAAAAUUAGAAAUUUAACUUUAAAUAUUACUUCAACUAAUAAUAUUGAAAUAUUGUCAGUUUUCUAUGAAAAUGUCGGCAGAUUUUUAUUACAUGAUCCAGAUUAUAAAACAUUAAUGAGAGAAAUGAUGGAUUUAUUAAAAGUGAAACUGAAACAAUCUAGUUUAACAGUUAAUGAAAAAUUAGCAAUAAAUAAUCUAUUAAUUACUGUUGAACCACCAGCAACAAGAGUACAAAGUUUAAGAGAAUCUGCAAAAUUAUCAACGAGACAACAAUUUAUACAGAGAAUUAUUAGAUCGGAAUUAAAUAUGAAAUCUUUACCAAUAGUUACUAAAUUAAUUAAAAAGGCAUUUGUUGAUUUAAAUGAAGAAGAGUAUCAAACUUUAUUGGAAUGUUUCGCACGUCCAGAUUUAAUAAAUUAUGAUAAUAUUCAAUCCCUAGCUAAAUUGGUUCACUACUUUGCCGAUAGACAUAAGGAAAUAGUUGUAAUUACAGUUGAUACAAUAAUUGAAAAUAUCAUAAGAGGACUAGAAUUAAAUGAUUUUAGAAUGAAUAGAUCAAGAAUGUCACAAGUUAAAUAUAUUGCUGAAUUAUACAAUUCAAAAGUUAUAAAUUUUAAAUUGAUUAAUGAUAUUUUGUAUCGUAUAUUAUGUUAUGGACAUCCUCAAAAUCAACCUUUACCAGAUAAUUGGGAUGUGAAUAUUGAUUUACCAAAUAAUUAUUUUAGAAUUCAAUUAUGUUGUUUAUUAUUGCUCUCAUUAGAAACAAUUUUUGUUGAUACUGACAUUACAAAGAAGAAAGCAUCAAACAGAGCAGCGUUAAUUAAAAAGAGAAAUGGAUUGAACAAAGAUCUUUUAGGUGUAUUUAUGACUUUCUUACAAUAUUAUUUAUACUGUAAAGAACCACCAUUUCCAGUUGAAGUAAAUUUCAAAUUAAAUGAUGUAUUUGUUAAAUACAAAAGUAUACCAACAGUGCAGAGAUAUGAUACCAUACAAGAGGUAGCGAAAAGAUUAUCAGAAUCAAUCAAAACCAAACAAACCGCUGAACUUGAAUUAGAUGAAGAUGAAGUAAAUGAAGAAGAAAUGGAAUCGAAAGCAAAUGAUAUUUCAGAUGAUAGUGAAGACGAUGAUGAAGACGAUGAUGACGAUGAGGAUGAUUCAGAUGAUGAAGAAGAAGAAGACUCGGAAGAAGAUUCAGAUGAAGAUGAAGAGGAAGAAGAAGAAAUUGAAGAUACAAAUAGUGUUGCAUCAGAAGAAGAUCAAAUGGCAAGUCAUUUAGAAAGAAUGAGAUUAGAAGCUGAUAAAAAAUUUCAAGAGGAUUUGGAUAGAGAAUUUCAAAAAAUCAUGAACGAGUCAUACGGCUCAGCAACAACUCAACAAUCAACAAACUCAAUACUACCACAAAGAUCAUCAGCUGGAUUAUCAAGAAGAUUAUUACCAGUCCCUGAAAAAUUAAUAAUUGAAAGUUCAAAAUUUGAUGUUAAUCCGGCUAAAGAAGAAGGUAAAACUAAAUUCAGAUUUUUAUCUAAAAAUGGUAAAGUUAAUCAAAUUAAACAAUUUGAUUUACCAAAUAAUAAUAUCUUUGCAGAAUCAAUAUUAAAAGAAAAAGAAAACCGAAAAAGAGAUAAAGAGAGAAUAAUACAAUUAGCAAAUCGAGAAGACUAA